AUGGCGCUUACGACAAUGGAGAAUCAAAUCGGUACUAUACUACCGUUGGUGGCCUGGUUUGUCUGUCUAGGCCACUCGUUCUCCCAGACGCGUGAACAACUCUACUUCCAUCCUGUGUCCAGCAUCUGGCUGCUCGAGGAUUUGACCUACAUCAUCGCUGCCAAGGUCAUCUUCCCACACGGCCUGAAUGUCGGCGUUGACCUGACCCACAGCGGCGAGUUUCGAGCAUUUCGAACAAUCAGAAGGCAGCUUUGGAUGGCUGGGAUUAGUUCUAUGGUUUUCAAAGCUGCACGAGUGCUAAUUCGGGGUCUGCCCUAG